AUGGUAGAACAGCCACCGACACCAACUGUGGACUUUGAUGUGCUGUUUUUCGACCAUCUGAUUAAAGAAGAACCAAAAUUGGUGAACAAAGUAUACAGUGCUGCACGACGCAAAGAAUUGGAUGUUAAACGGCGUUCGUCAGGAAGUUUUAAACCCCUAAAAGAAGUGGUUUCCGAAUACAACAAACUAGUUUCCCGGAAACGUGCAGCAAGUGAUCGUGUGAAUCGAUCUCCACAGGCUAAAAAAGCAUUGAGACAAGGCGAACUAUUGGGUUCGAGUGAUGACAGUUCGGACAGCGAUGAUAAUCCGAUCAAACGAGCAGCGGUUCGUUUUUUUGGCGAUGAAAUGAUACUACUUCCGGAUGUCUCCGCCGCUCGCAAGAAGGGUUUUGACUUAGCUUUGCUUCUAAUGUGGAUGUAUUCCUAUAAUUCUUGUAGCACCGUUAAACCGGAUUGGCACGUCAGUUGCCUGAGUGAUUCUGAAAGUUUUGGACACUGA